GGCAGCAGGAGCACAGAAGAGGUUGGAAACGCGUAGAGAUUUUUUAAUUCUCUCCUGCAGGUUGAGGAGGAACCGCGCGCAGCUCCGUGAUGCUGAGUGUGUGUGUGAUGUGUGUGUGAUGUGUGUAUGCAUAUGUGUAUUAAUGUUAGAGCGUGAGCGUGAGCGUGAGUGUGAGUGUGUGUGUGAGUGCGCGCCCACACAUGAGAUUUGAGCAGCAGCCCAGCAGAUGAUCACAGUUUCCAUCAUGCACGCAGUGAAGCUCAGAAGCUGAACCACUGCGCUCGGAUCAGCGGCUCUUCUUCUCCUGCUCCUUCUUCACACUCGGCUCUUCUCUGGACUCCGGCUCUCCUGGUCUUUCUGGAGGAGUUUUCACACCUGAACAGGAUCCUGUUUUUAAUCCAAGUUUAUUUCAGGUGUGAAAGUGGGGGAGAACCAUGUUGCGCGUGCUUCAGGGACUGCUGCUCUUGUGGAGCUUUUCUCUCAGAAACCCUGUCUCUGCUGCCACGACUGUAGAGGCCCCGAAGACGUGCAGCCCGAAGCAGUUUGUGUGUCAGGAUCAGGUGACGUGCAUCUCUAAAGGAUGGAGGUGUGAUGGAGAGAAAGACUGUCCUGAUGGAUCAGACGAAGCUCCAGAAGUGUGUCCUCACACGCGAGUGUCACUGUGUCCCCCGAAUGAGCAGCAGUGUGAGGGGACGGAGGUGUGUGUGCACAUGAGCAAGAUGUGUAAUGGCGUCUCUGACUGUCCUGAUGGAUCAGAUGAGGGGGCGCACUGCCGAGAAUUGAUCUCGAACUGUACGCUCGCUGGCUGUCAGGAAAACUGCGCCGUCACACACUCCGGUCCUGUGUGUUACUGCAAGAACGGCUAUGAGAUCAGCCAGGACGGGAAACUAUGUAAAGAUUUUGACGAGUGUACGGUAUACGGGACGUGCAGUCAGACGUGUACGAACACCGAGGGCUCGUAUUUCUGCUCCUGUGUGGAAGGUUAUCUCCCUCAGCCUGAUAACCGAUCCUGCAAAGCUAAGAACGUGCCUGUGGAUCGCCUGCCCGUGUUGCUAAUCGCUAACUCUCAGAACAUCCAGGCCACGUCUCUGAGCGGCGCUAGCAGCUCAUCGCUCUACACCAGCACAAAACAGACCACAGCCAUGGACUUCCUGUACAAACAGGAAACGGUGUGUUGGAUCCACGUGGGAGACACGCCGGCCGGGACGCAGCUGAAAUGCGCCAAAAUCCCGGGACUGAAGAGUUUCACUGACGAGAGAGUCAUCAACAUAUCGCUCAGCUUACACCAUGUGGAGCAGAUGGCGAUCGACUGGCUGACGGGGAAUUUUUAUUUCGUCGACGAUGUGGACGAUCGGAUCUUUGUGUGUGAUAAAGACGGGGUGACAUGUGUGACGCUGCUGGAUCAGGAACUGUACAACCCCAAAGGAAUCGCACUGGACCCUACGAUGGGGAAGUUGUUCUUUACGGAUUAUGGACAGAUCCCGAAGGUGGAGCGGUGUGAUAUGGACGGUCAGAACCGCUCGAGGCUGGUGGACAGUAAGAUCGUGUUUCCUCAUGGAGUCACACUGGACCUGGUCAGUAAACUGGUGUACUGGGCCGACGCCUACCUGGACUACAUCGAGGUCAUCGACUACGAGGGGAGACACAGACACACCAUCAUACAGGGGCUACUGAUCGAGCAUCUUUACGGUCUGACCGUCUUUGAGAAUUAUCUUUACGCCACAAACUCGGACAACGCGAACGUGCAGCCGAAGACGAGUGUGAUCCGUGUGAAUCGCUUUAACAGCUCGGACUAUCAGGUGGUGACGCGAGUGGAUAAGGGCGGGGCUCUGCACGUCUAUCACCAGAGAUGCCAACCUCCAGUGAGGAGUCAUGCGUGUGAGUUGGAUCAGUUUGGGAAGCCCGGAGGUUGUUCUGAUAUCUGUUUAUUGGGAAACAGCCACAAGAGCCGAACGUGUCGCUGUCGCUCUGGAUUCAGCCUCGGCAGCGACGGGAAAUCCUGCAAGAAGCCGGAGCACGAGCUGUUCCUGGUUUACGGAAAAGGUCGUCCUGGUGUGAUCAGAGGGAUGGACAUUAAUCCGAAGGUGCAGGACGAGUACAUGAUCCCGAUAGAGAACCUGAUGAACCCUCGUGCCCUGGACUUCCACGCUCAGAGUAACUUCAUCUACUUCUCCGACGCCACCAGCUACCUGAUCGGCCGACAGAAGAUCGACGGCACUGAGAGAGACACCAUCCUGAAGGAAGGUGUGCACACGGUGGAGGGAAUCGCUGUGGAUUGGAUGGCCAAUAAUCUGUACUGGACGGAUGACGGGCCGAAGAAGACCAUCAGCGUGGCUCGACUGGAGAAAGCGGCGCAGACGAGGAAAACUCUCGUUGAGGGCAAAAUGACGCAUCCACGAGCCAUCGUAGUGGAUCCCAAAAACGGAUGGAUGUACUGGACGGAUUGGGAAGAAGAUCCGAAAGAGAGCAAGAGGGGUAAAAUUGAGAGAGCCUGGAUGGACGGAACCAACCGGAACGUUCUCUUAACAUCAAAGACGGUUCUGUGGCCCAACGGUCUGAGUCUGGAUGUUCCUCAGGGGAUCCUGUACUGGGUGGACGCUUAUUAUGACCGCAUCGAGAUGGUUUAUCUCAACAGCACUGAGCGCAAGACUGUGUAUGAAGGACAGGAGCUGAGUCACGCCUUCGGUCUGUGCCACUAUAAAAACUUCCUGUUCUGGAACGAGUAUCGUAGCGGCAGCAUCUACAAACUCGACCAGGACACCAAAUCUGUCACGCUUCUACGCAACGAGCGUCCUCCCAUCUUCGAAAUUCGCAUGUACGACGCCCAGCAACAACAGGGUACGAAUGUGUGUCGAGCGAAUAACGGUGGAUGCAGUAUACUGUGUUUAGCGACUCCAGUCGGUCGAUCAUGCGCUUGUGCUGAAGAACAGCUCUUGGAUCCAGCGGAUAACACCAGCUGUAAAGCAAACCCGUCCUACAUUCCUCCUCCUCAGUGUCAAUCUGGAGAAUUCGCCUGUAAGAAUAAUCGCUGCAUUCAGGAGAGGUGGAAGUGCGACGGAGACAAUGACUGUCUGGACAACAGUGAUGAAGCUCCAGAACUCUGCCAUCAGCACACGUGUCCCGCUGACCGCUUCAAAUGUCAGAAUAAUCGCUGUAUUCCCAUGCGCUGGCUGUGUGACGGAGACAACGACUGUGGCAACGACGAGGACGAGUCCAACUCUACAUGCUCAGCUCGGACAUGUCCUGCGAAUCAGUACUCGUGUGCGAGCGGACGCUGUAUUCCCAGCUCGUGGACGUGUGACCUGGACGAUGACUGCGGCGAUCGCUCUGAUGAACCUGCGUCCUGUGCGUAUCCGACGUGUUUCCCUCCGACUCAGUUCACGUGUAAUAACGGACGCUGCAUCAACAUGAACUGGCGCUGCGACAGCGAAAAGGAUUGUGGGGACGGAUCUGAUGAGUUCAAUUGUCCCAACCUGACCGAUAAUGAUUGCGGUGAUAACAGCGAUGAAGCGGGCUGCCCUCACUCCUGCUCCACCACACAGUUUAAAUGCAACAGCGGCCGCUGUAUCCCCGAUUACUGGACCUGCGACGGAGACAACGACUGCAACGACUUCAGCGACGAGACCCACGCCAACUGCAGCAACAACGCGACCCGUCCCCCCGGUGGCUGUCACACAGAUGAGUUUCAGUGUCGGAUGGACAGUCUGUGUAUUCCUCUGCGCUGGCGCUGUGAUGGAGACACCGACUGCGUCGACAUGAGCGACGAAAAAAACUGCGAAGGCGUCACCAACAUCUGCGACCCUGCCGUCAAAUUCGGCUGCAGAGACUCUGCGAAGUGUAUCAGUAAGGCGUGGGUGUGUGACGGAGACAGCGACUGCGAGGACAGCUCGGAUGAGGAGAACUGUGAAGCGCUGGUGUGUAAACUCUCUCACCACGUGUGUGUUAAUGACUCCAACAUCUGCCUACCACCUGAGAGGCUGUGUGACGGGAAAGACGACUGUCCCGAUGGAUCUGACGAGAAACUGUGCGAUCUGUGUUCUCUGGAUAAUGGCGGCUGUAGUCACAACUGUUCCGUGGCUCCGGGAUUGGGAAUCCUGUGUUCCUGCCCUCUCGGGAUGGAGCUCGGUGCCAAUAAUAAAACCUGUCAGAUCCAGGGCUUCUGUGCCAAACACCUGAAGUGCAGCCAGCGCUGUGAGCAGGACAAAUUCACCGUCAAGUGCUCGUGUUACGAAGGCUGGGCGCUGGAGCCGGAUAUGGAGAGCUGCAGGAGUACCGACCCGUUUAAGCCGUUCAUCAUCUUCUCAAACCGUCAUGAGAUUCGACGCAUCGAUCUGCACAAAGGAGAGUUUAGCGUCCUUGUACCAGGACUUCGCAACACCAUCGCGCUCGACUUCCAUCUAAACGAGAGCGCGCUCUACUGGACCGACGUGGUGGAGGACAAAAUCUACCGCGGGAAACUCUCUGAGAAUGGAGCGGCUCUGACGAGUUUCGAUGUAGUGAUUCAGUAUGGUUUGGCGACACCUGAAGGAUUAGCUGUGGAUUGGAUAGCUGGGAAUAUUUACUGGGUGGAAAGUAACUUGGAUCAAAUUGAGGUGGCGAAACUGGACGGCACCAUGCGCACUACACUGCUAGCCGGAGACGUCGAGCACCCACGGGCCAUCGCCCUCGACCCCAGAGAGGGAAUCCUGUUCUGGACGGAUUGGGACGCGAGCAUGCCGAGGAUAGAGGCUGCCUCUAUGAGUGGAUUCGGACGCCGCACCAUCCAUAAAGAGACGGGAAACGGAGGCUGGCCGAAUGGCCUUACCGUCGAUUACCUCGAGAGACGAAUCCUCUGGAUAGAUGCUAGAUCUGAUGCAAUUUACUCAGCUAAGUAUGAUGGUUCUGGCCUGAUCGAGGUUCUCCGCGGACACGAAUACCUGUCGCACCCGUUUGCCGUCACUAUGUACGGAGGGGAAGUUUACUGGACGGACUGGCGCACAAACACUCUCGCCAAAGCCAACAAGUGGACAGGAAACAACGUCACAGUGGUGCAGAGAACCAACACACAACCGUUUGAUCUGCAGGUUUAUCAUCCAUCCAGACAACCACAAGCUCCGAACCCGUGUGCGGCUAACGGCGGUCUCGGCCCGUGUUCUCACCUCUGUCUCAUUAAUUAUAAUCAGACGUUCUCCUGCGCAUGUCCUCACUUAAUGAGGCUGAGCAACGAUAAUCACACCUGCUAUGAAUCUCGUCAGUUCCUGCUGUAUGCUCGUCAGAUAGAGAUCCGUGGUGUGGACAUUUAUAACCCGUAUUAUAACUACAUCAUCUCCUUCACCGUUCCUGAUAUUGAUAACGUGACGGUGGUGGACUACGACUCUGUGGAGCGGAGGAUUUACUGGUCUGAUGUUCGCACACAAACCAUCAAGAGAGCCUUCAUUAAUGGCACUGGAAUCGAAACCGUCGUCUCUGCAGAUUUGCCGAAUGUGCAUGGCCUGGCAGUGGACUGGGUUUCCCGUAAUCUGUUCUGGACGAGUUAUGAUGCCAAUAAGAAGCAGAUUAACGUGGCUCGACUGGACGGCUCCUUUAAGAACGCUGUGAUUCAGGGUUUAGACAAACCGCACUGCAUUGUGGUCCAUCCCACACUCGGGAAGAUGUACUGGACGGAUGGAGACAACAUCAGCAUUGCCAACAUGGACGGAACCAACCACACUGUCCUGUUCACCAAUCAGAGAGGACCUGUGGGUUUGUCUCUGGACUUUGAUGAUUCUCGUCUGUACUGGGUCAGCUCCGGGAAUGGAACUAUCAAUCGCUGCAGACUGGAUGGAACUGGACUGGAAGUGCUGGAGGGAGUCAAGGGCAAAUUAAACAAACCCUCUGCUCUAGCCAUCAUGGGCGAUAAGCUGUGGUGGGCGGAUCAAGGGACAGAUCAGAUCGGGACGUGCGACAAAAGCGACGGAGGAAACUGGAAAGUUCUGAGGAACAGCACGGCUCCCAUGAUGCACAUGAAGAUCUACAAUGAGACCGUGCAGACAGGCUCGAACCUGUGCAGUAAUUAUAACGGCGAUUGCUCUCAGCUUUGUUUACCCACAUCUCUUACUACACGAGCCUGUAUGUGUACUGCCGGAUACAGCCUGAAGAGCGGACAACAGUCCUGCGAGGGUGUGGGGUCAUUCCUGCUUUACUCGGUUCAUGAAGGAAUCAGAGGAAUCCCCCUCGACCCGGCGGAUAAAUCGGAUGCUCUGGUGCCGGUGUCGGGUUCGUCUCUCACCGUCGGCAUCGAUUUCCACGCCGAUAAUGAUACUAUUUACUGGGUGGACAUGGGCCUGAGCACCAUCAGCCGAGCGAAAAGAGAUCAGACGUGGAGAGAGGACGUCAUCACCAAUGGCAUCGGCAGAGUGGAGGGGAUCGCUGUGGACUGGAUCGCAGGAAAUAUUUACUGGACUGAUCAGGGCUUUGAUGUGAUUGAAGUGGCUCGGCUGAACGGAUCCUAUCGUUACGUCGUCGUCUCACAGGGACUCGAUAAACCUCGCGCCAUCGCUCUGCAUCCUGAGAGAGGGUAUCUGUUUUGGACAGAGUGGGGUCAGUAUCCUCGGAUAGAGAGAUCUCGUUUGGACGGCAGUGAGAGAGCAGUUCUGGUUAACGUUAGCAUUAGCUGGCCCAAUGGCAUCUCCAUUGACUACGAGGAGGGUCUGCUGUACUGGUGUGAUGCUCGCACUGAUAAAAUUGAGAGGGUUGAUCUGGAGACGGGGGAGAAACGGGAGCUCGUGUUGGCCAGCAAUAACAUGGACAUGUUCUCUGUGUCUGUGUUCGAGAACUACAUCUACUGGAGUGACCGUACCCAUUCUAAUGGCUCUAUAAAGAGAGGAAGUAAACACAACGCCACAGACUCGGUCACUCUGAGGACCGGACUCGGAGUUCAGCUCAAAGACAUCAAAGUGUUCAACAGAGCGAGACAGCAAGGGACGAACGUGUGUAAGGAGAAUAACGGCGGUUGUGAGCAGCUGUGUCUUUACCGUGGGAACGGCGAGCGUUCCUGUGCCUGCGCUCACGGCGCUCUGCAUGAAGACGGCCGGAGCUGCAGGGAUUACUCCGGAUACCUGCUGUACUCGGAGCGCACCAUCCUGAAGAGCGUGCACCUAUCGGACGAGAAGAACCUCAACGCUCCCGUCAAGCCGUUCGAGGACGUGGAACACAUGAAGAACGUGAUCGCGUUAGCGUUCGAUUACCGCGGCGGCGGCGGAGGGAAAGGCGCUAACCGCAUCUUCUACAGCGACAUUCACUUCGGAAACAUUCAGCAGAUCAACGACGACGGCUCGGGGAGGAGGACCGUGGUGGAGAGUGUGGGUUCGGUGGAGGGUCUGGCGUAUCACCGAGCGUGGGACAGUCUGUACUGGACCAGUUACACCACGUCCACCAUCACACGCCACACCGUGGACCAGAGCCGGUGGGGGGCCUUCGACCGGGACGUGGUGGUCAGCAUGGCGGGAGACGACCAUCCGCGAGCUUUCGUCCUCGACGAGUGUCAGAAUCUGAUGUUCUGGACCAACUGGAAUGAACAAACUCCCAGCAUCAUGCGUGCUCAGCUCUCGGGAUCCAACGUCCUGGCCAUCAUCAGGACCGACAUCCGAACCCCGAACGGUCUCGCUAUAGACCACCGCGCUGAGAAACUCUACUUCACUGACGCUACGCUGGACAAGAUCGAGCGCUGCGAGUACGACGGCAGCCAUCGCUACGUGAUCUUGAAGAACGAGCCGGUUCACCCAUUCGGUUUGGCGGUGUACGGGGAUCACAUUUUCUGGACAGAUUGGGUUCGGAGAGCCGUGCUGAGAGCCGGGAAAUACGUAGGAGAUGACAUGAAGGUGCUACGUGCAGACAUUCCUCAACAGCCAAUGGGAAUCAUCGCCGUCGCCAACGACACCAACGGCUGUGAAUUCUCACCCUGCAGGGUGAAUAAUGGAGGAUGUGAGGAUCUGUGUUUGUUGUCGUUUGAUGGACGAGUGAACUGCAGCUGUAGAGGAGACAGAAAACUUCUGGAGGACAACACCUGCAUUGUGCCGAACACCUCCUGCAGCAGUGUUAACGAUUUUCAGUGUGUGAACGGAGACUGUAUCGAUUACACACUCACCUGUGAUGGAACGGCGCACUGCAAAGACAAAUCAGACGAGAAGCAGUUUUUCUGCAAUAACCGAGUGUGUAAGAAGGGUUAUAAGCGAUGUGUGAACGGUCGCUGUGUGAGACUGAGCUGGUGGUGUAACGGCCGUGACGAGUGUGGAGAUAACUCAGACGAGGCUUUCUGUAACGCGACCUCGUGCACUCCUGAUCAGUUUCAGUGCAGAGACGGUCGCUGUAUCUCCAACUCCACUCGCUGUAAUCAGGUGAUUGACUGUGACGACGCCACGGACGAGAUGAACUGCACUGCGACUGACUGUUCCAGUUAUUUCCGUCUUGGAGUGAAGGACACGUUGUUUCAGAGGUGUGAGUUCACUACGCUGUGUUACGCUCCGUCGUGGGUGUGUGACGGAUCAAAUGACUGUGGAGACUUUUCUGACGAGAGUAACUGUCCAGGUCCUGCAGGCGGGAAGAAAAAAUGUCCCUCUAAUUUCUUCUCGUGUCCGAGCGGCCGCUGCAUCCCACAGAGCUGGACGUGUGAUAAAGAGAACGACUGCGAGAACGGAGCUGAUGAAGUCAACUGCAAUAAGGUGUGUACAGUGUCUCAGUUUGAGUGUGGGAAUCAUCGCUGUAUCUCCAGCAGCUGGCUGUGUGAUGGAGCGGAUGAUUGUGGAGACGGAACUGAUGAGGACAGCAGAUGCAAGAAUAAGACGUGCACUGCGGAGGAGUUCCGCUGUCUGGGUUCUACCAGGUGUAUUCCGCAGAACUGGGUGUGUGACGGAGACCGAGACUGUCCCGACGGAGCUGACGAGAGCACCAAGGCCGGCUGCUAUUUCAGUGACACGUGCGACGCCAAAGAGUUCAUGUGCCGUAAUAAGCAGUGUAUCCCCAAACACUUUGUGUGUGACCACGAUAACGACUGCAGCGACGGUUCAGACGAGUCCAUCGAGUGCGAAUAUCCCACGUGUAAGCCUAACGAGUUCCGCUGUGCUAACGGCCGCUGUCUGAUCCAGAGCUCAUGGGAGUGUGAUGGAGAAUUCGACUGUCACGAUCGCUCAGACGAAGCGCCGAAAAACCCCAACUGCAGCGGCCCAGAGAAGACGUGUAACAACACGGCGUACACGUGCGGGAAUGGGAAGUGCGUGGACGACACGCUGCUGUGUGACCGUAAGGACGAUUGCGGCGAUGGCAGUGACGAGCUCAACUGCUUCAUUAACGAGUGUUUGAACAGUAAACUGAGCGGCUGCACUCAGCUCUGUGAGGACAUGAAGAUCGGCUUCAAGUGCCGCUGUCACGCCGGGUUCAGACUGAAGGAUGAUGGGAAGACGUGCGUGGACGUGGACGAGUGUUCCAGCACGUUCCCCUGCACUCAACACUGCAUCAACACACACGGCAGCUUCAGGUGUUUGUGUGUAGACGGAUAUCAGCUCAGUCCUACCGACCCCACCAUCUGCAAGUCCACCUCCGAUGAGGAGCCGUUCCUCAUCUUCGCCAAUCGCUAUUAUUUAAGGAAGCUCAAUCUGGACGGAUCGAAUUACACACUUUUAAAGCAGGGUCUGAACAAUGCUGUAGCUCUGGAUUUUGACUACAGAGAGCAGAUGAUUUAUUGGACAGACGUGACGACGCAGGGCAGCAUGAUAAGACGCAUGCACAUUAAUGGCUCCAAUGUUCAGGUCCUUCACCGCACAUCUCUUAGCAACCCUGACGGUCUGGCAGUUGAUUGGGUGGGAGGGAACCUGUAUUGGUGUGAUAAGGGGCGGGACAUGAUCGAGGUGUCGAAGCUAAAUGGCGCAUUCAGGACGGUGCUGAUUAACACGGGGCUGAGAGAGCCAAGAGCCAUCGCUGUGGACGUCCGCAACGGGUACCUGUACUGGUCGGACUGGGGAGAUAACCCUCAUAUCGGCCGUAUCGGGAUGGACGGAACGAACCGCAGCGUGAUCGUGCAGGAGAGAAUCACGUGGCCAAAUGGAUUAACACUGGAUUUCAUUAACGACCGAAUCUACUGGGCCGACGCCCGAGAGGAUUACAUCGAAUUCUCUGACCUGGACGGCACCAACCGACACACAGUGUUAAAUCAAGACAUCCCUCAUAUCUUUGCCAUGACUCUGUUUGAGGAGUUUAUUUACUGGACCGACUGGGAAACAAAAUCCAUCAAUCGAGCUCAUAAAACCCUCGGCACCAAUAAAACCCUCCUGAUCAACACACUGCACCGACCCAUGGACAUCCACAUCUACCAUCCUCACAGACAGCCCGAGGUGACGGGUCACCCGUGUCAGAAGGAUAACGGAGGCUGCAGUAAUCUGUGUCUGCUCUCUCCGGGUGGAGGACACAAGUGCGCCUGUCCCACUAACUUCUACCUGGCAGCUGAUGGACAGCAGUGUCUCUCUAACUGCACCGCUAGUCAGUUUGUGUGUAAGAACGAUAAGUGCAUCCCGUUUUGGUGGAAGUGCGACACUGAAGACGACUGUGGAGAUCGGUCAGACGAGCCGGCAGACUGCCCGGCGUUUAAGUGCAGGCCGGGGCAGUUCCAGUGUGGAACAGGAAUCUGUACAAACCCAGCGUACAUCUGUGACGGAGACAACGACUGCCAGGACAACUCGGACGAGGCCAACUGCGACAUCCACGUGUGUUUGCCCAGCCAGUUUAAGUGCACGAAUCCAAGUCGCUGCAUUCCCGGGAUUUUCCGCUGUAACGGCCAGGAUAACUGUGGAGAAGGAGAGGACGAGAGAGACUGCCCGGAGGUUACGUGCGCUCCAAAUCAGUUCCAGUGCACCAUCACUAAACGCUGCAUUCCCCGAGUGUGGAUGUGUGACCGGGACAACGACUGUGUGGACGGAUCAGACGAACCUGCCAACUGCACUCAGAUGACGUGCGGUGAGGACGAGUUCCGCUGUAAGGACUCGGGACGGUGUAUUCCCGCUCGCUGGAAGUGUGACGGAGAGGAUGACUGUGGAGACGCAUCAGACGAACCAAAAGAGGAGUGUGACGAGAGGACGUGUGAGCCGUAUCAGUUCCGCUGUAAGAAUAAUCGCUGCGUUCCCGGACGCUGGCAGUGCGACUACGAUAACGACUGCGGAGAUAACUCUGACGAGGAUAAGUGCGUCCCAAGGCAGUGCUCUGAGAGCGAGUUCUCCUGCACUAACGGCCGCUGUAUCGCCGGUCGCUGGAAGUGUGAUGGAGAUCACGACUGUGCUGACGGGUCAGACGAGUACGGCUGUGAUGUGAAGUGUGACAGUGAUCAGUUCCAGUGUAAGAAUGGUCACUGUGUCCCGUUCCGCUGGAGGUGUGACGCUGAUCCUGACUGCAUGGACGGCAGCGAUGAGGAGAACUGCGGCAGUGGAGUGGGUCGUCACUGUCCUCUGGAUGAGUUUCAGUGUAACAACACACUCUGUAAGCCGCUCAGAUGGAAGUGUGAUGGAGAGGACGACUGCGGAGACAACUCAGACGAAAACAUGGAAGAGUGCAAGCGGUUCCUGUGCCCCCCGACACGGCAGUUCCGCUGUCGUAACGAUCGAGUGUGUUUGCCACUGUACAAGCAGUGUGACGGAGUGAAUAACUGUGGAGAUAACAGCGACGAGCUGAACUGCCAGACUCCGGUUGCAGUGUGUGAGAAAGACGAGUUCACCUGCAGUAACGGGAAGUGUAUCAGCUCCACGCUGCGCUGUAAUUACUUUAACGACUGCGAGGACUACGGCUCAGACGAGAUCAACUGCAACAAGAAAGACUCCAGUCUAAAUGAGUGUCAUCAGAAUAAGAGUGUGUGUGGAGAUGGAGAUGAAGCUCACUGUGUGGUAAACGGCACUGACUCGUUCUGUUCCUGCAAACCGGGCUUUCAGAAAACCACUCAGCAAAUCUGCAUAGAUAUAAACGAGUGUAAGCAGUUUGGCGUGUGCUCUCAGCUCUGUAAUAACACUAAAGGCUCGUAUAAAUGCAGCUGUUUCAGACACUUCACUCGAGUCAACAGCAGCUGUAAGGCCGACGCCGGAGGCAGACAGAUCCUGUACGUUGGUGAUGAUAAUGAAAUCCGCAGCCUGCAGCCUGAAACCGUGAGCUGGAUCUACGAGCAGGCGUUCCAGGGAGACGCUAACGUGCGCAUCGACGCCAUGGACAUGCACGUCAAAUCCAGCCGCAUCUUCUGGACCAACUGGCACACGGGAAAGAUUUCAGUGCUCAUGAUCUCAUCCAGCGGCACGACCUCGCCCAACUCCAACUCCAACCGCAGCCGCAGACAGAGCGACCAGAGAGUCACCAAUCUGGAGAUCCCGAAUCUGAAGAUGCCACGUGGUAUCGCGGUCGAUUGGGUGGCUGGAAACCUGUACUGGACCGAUUCGGGACGUGAUGUCAUCGAAGUUGCUCAGAUGAACGGACUUCAUCGGAAAACUCUGAUCUCGGGAAUGAUCGACGAGCCGUACGCUAUUGUGGUGGAUCCCAUGCGGGGGACGAUGUACUGGGCGGAUUGGGGAAAUCAUCCUAAAAUUGAAAAAGCUGCGAUGGACGGCACAAUGAGAGAAACUCUGAUUCAUGAAAACAUCCAGUGGCCAACAGGUCUGGCGGUUGAUUACUUUAACGAGCGUCUUUAUUGGGCCGACGCGAAGCUCUCGAUGAUCAGCAGCGUGAGACUGAACGGGACGGAUCGGGUCAUCGCCGUCAACAGCAUCAGAAACAACCUGCACCACCCGUUCAGCAUCGACGUGUUUGAGGACUACAUCUACGGCAUCACCUACCACGACAGCUUUGUGUUCCGUGUGAAUAAGUUUGGGAAAGGUUCUGUGGAGAACCUGACCACCGGCAUGAACCACGCCACGGACCUGGUGCUGUAUCACGCGUACAAACAACCCGAGAUGAUGAACCCAUGUGACAGGAAGAAGUGUGAGUGGUUGUGUUUGCUGAGUCCCAGUGGUCCGGUGUGUACCUGUCCUAACGGUCACGCUUUGGACAACGGCACAUGUGUAGAGAUUCCUGCACCUACCAGCGUGUCUCCAGGUGGCGUGUGCACUCUGCAGUGUCAGAACGGAGGCAGCUGUGUGGUGAAUGUGAGGAAGCAGCAGAAGUGUCGCUGUCAGCCGAACUACGGAGGAGAGAAGUGUGAGAUUAAUCAGUGUCGGGAUUACUGUCGGAACGGAGGAACCUGCAUGGCCUCGCCCACAGGUUCUCCGACUUGUCGCUGUCGUCCAGGUUUCACGGGUCCGAACUGCAAUCUCCGUACCUGCCACGGUUACUGCCAGAAUGGAGGAAACUGCACCGUCAACAGAGGAAAUCAGCCCAUCUGCAGAUGCCCCGCCCACAUCCUGGGUGAUCAAUGCCAAUACAGAGUGUGUGAGGAGUCGUGUGAGAACGGCGGGACGUGUGUUCAGGACGGAGACGGAGCUGUCCAGUGUCUCUGUUCUCCUCGAUUCAUCGGCAGAAGAUGUGGAGUGGAUAAAUGUCAUUACUGCCACGGAGGAAGCUGCAUCAACACUAACACUGACGUCAUGUGCCGCUGUCCCAAUGGCCGGAUUCAGCCGAGCUGCUACACGUGUGACGGAUACUGCACUAACGGACAGUGUUCUCUCAGUGCUGCUAACCUGCCUCAGUGCAAGUGUCCACCUGGGUGGGAGGGGCUUCAGUGUGAAACCCACGACACCACCGCCAACACCGAGUCCAGUAACCGCACAGCGUCCAUUGUCGUUCCCGUGAUUAUUCUGGUAUUACUGGCGUUGCUGCUUGCUGCUGGUUUUCUGUGGUACAGAAAGAGGACGCGAGGCGCUAAAGGAUUCCAGCACCAGAGAAUGACAAACGGAGCCAUGAACGUCGAAAUCGGAAAUCCGGCGUAUAAAAUUUACGACGGAGAGCAAGACGACGACGUGGGAGAACUUCUGGAUUCGGAUUUCACGCUCGAUCCAGACAAGACAUUUCCUAAAAGUCCCUCAUUUAAAGAUUCCACACAGGACUCAGAACCGCCGACUAACUUCACGAAUCCGGUGUACUCCUCGCUCUACAUGGGAGCCCAAACCAGCCGUAAUUCACUGGCGAGUACGGACGAAAAGAAGGAGCUGCUAUCACGAGGAGACGACGAGCCGCUAGUGGAAGCGUUAGCAUAGGCUCGUUGUCCAUUUUUACGGUCCGUGUCAUUCAAAAUGCACCCAUUUUGCCUUUUAUGAAAACGAAAAAAGAAAAGAAUAGAAACGAAAAGCAAAGCCCCAGGAGGAGAAUCAGCAGUUCGGCGCGAACGCAGUGUGUAAAAUGUACAAAAUGAAGGACUACGUUUGUACGUGACGCAGUAUUAUAGUUUGUUCUUACACGAUUCUUCAGACCGGAACAAACCGAGAGAAAAAAGCAACAAUUUUCUACAUUAUUUUUAUUUUCACCCCCACCUUUUACCUUAAUAGCCACUACCUCUGUGCAGAAAUAAAAGAUUUAAAAAAGAAGAAGAAAUAAAUUGGAACAGUUUUAAUUUUUAUUUUUGUAUGAAUUGUAUAGAGAAAGAAUAUUGUUCCAUCUCAGUAUUGUGUGCGCGCAGGUCAGAGCCAAGCUCCAGUUUAAAUAAAUGUUGUUUUUAGGACAAACCGAAUAUUAAUGAUGUGUGUGUGUGUGUGUGUGUGAGAGAGAGAGAGAAACAUCACCUUCAUAUUUACUGUUUCUUUAUUUUAUUCUGUCCAUCUAAACUUUAAGGAUUUGAGGAUUGUCUAUACGCUGCGUAAGCUUUUAUGGUACACACAUUGUAGAAAUAUACAUUUACAGAACACUGUGUAUUUUUUUUCCGCAGUUAGUCGCUUACACGUUCGAGCUUAAUUCACAAAAUCACAGUCUUGAAAAUGGGAAGUUUGUGACACAUCUUUAUAGAUUCAUGUGCCUUUCUCGCUCUUUUUUUUUUUUUUUUUUUUUUGUUCGGUCGCUUUGAUUUUGUGAAAUCUCAGAUUCAUGUUACACAAACAAACAGUAAAAGAGAGAAAAAUCUCCUUCCUCCUUCUGCAGAUGUUAAGCCCAGGACACAGUAAUCACGUGACUUUCAGAACUGUUGCUAACUGUAAUUCAUGCGUUUUUAUUUUUAAUGUGUCGUAUUUUCUUUUUAAAAAUGACAGCUUUUAUAGUACAGAAUGCAUGAAGGCCCAAACAUAGUUCUGAAAUAAAGGUCAUGUAUUUGCUGGAGUACUUUACAAACUGAAUAACAUUUGUUAUAAAUAAAAGAUCUUAAACCUG